UUAACAGUCAUGGCAGAUGCUCUGUCUUUUUUGGAAGAGGAUUUGUCGUGCCUCAUCUGCUGUGAUGUCUUUACUGAUCCAGUCACUCUGAAAUGUAGCCACAGUUUAUGUGAGAAUUGUCUCGAGCGUUUCUGGAAGACUCAAGAUGUGCUGCAGUGUCCAGUCUGUCGGAAGGAAUGCUCACCUGACGAGCCCACCAAGAGCCUGGCAUUCAGAGCACUCUGUGAGUCCUUCAAGACAAGAAAGCCCACAGCUGUUUCAGGAGACGUCUGUCCACAGCAUAAAGAGACACUCAAACUCUUCUGCUUUGAGGACAAGCAGCCCAUCUGUGUGGUCUGUUACACUUCAAAAAAGCAUGAAAAUCACAAGUGCUCCCCUGUCGAGGAGGCGGCUGGGAAUUUAAAGGCAGAUCUCAAGAUGCAAAUGGACAGGCUGCAGGUGACACUUGAUGACCUCAAGAAAACCCAUGAGAGCUGCGUGAAACAGGCUGAAAAUAUAAUGGAACAGGAAGAAAUCCAAAUCAAGAAAGAAUUUGAGAAGCUGCAUCAGUUUCUCAGAGACGAGGAGGACAAAUGGAUCAAAGCACUGAAGAAAAAAAUAAAACCUCAAGAUGGGAAAGUCAAAGCCAGAAUCAAGCAUCUGUCCUCAGAGAUAACAGAUCUCUCUGAGAGGAUGGCAGCCCUCUGGCAGGACAUGGAAGCUGAAAACAUCCCAUUUCUCCAGAAUUACAGCGAUACAUUACAAAAACUCAAACACCCUUCGGUAGAAAAGAGACCCGCUGAAGCAGAGAAAUAUCAACACCAUUCUCCUCAGACAAUGAUCUUCACCACCUGGGCUAGAAUGCAGAACCUUGUGGAGCAGCCUCCUGUGAUUCUGGACCCGAACACAGCCUCCAGUAAGCAGUGGGUGUCAACAGAUUGCACAAGUGUUCAAUACGUCCUAAAGAAACUGCACAUGUGUGAUAACCCAAAAAGGCUGUUUUUGGGAGUGCUGGCUUCACAGGGCUUCAAUUCAGGUCUGCACUGCUGGGAUGUAGAAGUAAGAGACAACAACCACUGGACACUGGGAGUAGUGGGAGAAACCGUGUACCGUAAAAGACUUUACAGAAUGGAUCCGAAGAGUCGUUUUUGGUGUUUUCGUUUUGUGGAUGGCAAAUUCAAGAAAGGUAAUAAUCCUGGAAAAGCAAUCGAUGAGAAUAAGAGGCCAAAUAUCAUCAGAGUUCAGCUGGACUUUGAGAAAGGAGAAUUGAGAUUUAUUGACCCCUUCAGAAAUAAAACUCUGUGCACCUUUACAGGUGGCUUUCCAGAGAGAGUUUUCCCAUAUUUUUGUAGUGGAGAUUUGGCAACACCGCUGAAUAUAUUCCCAGCAAAUAAGGAAAAAUUAUAAAAAUUAUAAAACCACAACC